CGCGCACGCUAACGAGGACGAAUAUCCAAUUUUGAUAAUGUAGAGAGCUUUUGGACUAUUGCCUAUAAUCACUUUGAUUUUGUGCUACAUGACGGGUUGGAUAAGUUGGAUCGUGGUAAGGAUGCGAUCAACAAUGGAGACGCACUCCUAUGGUGGCAAUCUGAGAUUAAGGCUCUACUUUGUACUAUUCGCAAUAUGCAUCGUAAAAAACUUAUGCAUGGAAAAUUGAAGGAUAUGAAGAGUUAUGUUGUAGUUGGAGAUGAGCAACAAAUGAAAAUAAUCAAUAUUGAGAAUAAAUUGACUCGUGAUAAAGAAAGGCAGCAAAAGCUCCAAGAUUUAAGAGACUUCAAAGUUAUGUUGCGAGAUCUAUCAUGUCGUAUUAUAGGGGAAGAAGCUAAUAAUUGGAAUGAUCUUACCUUGUUUUUGAACUUCUUCGACAAAGGCUCUGGAUAUGAGGAUGACAUUUUUGUUGAUCAACUUAUAGAGCAUCCUUUCUUGAAAACCCCUAUCGAGAGGAUCAAGUUAUAUGCUGGUUUUCAUCAGAAAAUAUUGACACGAACUCUUAGAAGAUUUUGUGAGUUUGAGCGAUCGAAAAGUUUUGGUGGGUAUUUGCCAUGGAAUACUAAGAAGAUGGCUGGUUGGAUGACAGAUAUUUACGAUUAUAAGCAUGCUAAUAAAUAUGAUGGUAAUCGUCCAGCAGAUCUAAUCAGAUUUGUCAAGAAUAUAAGGAAUCACUAUGCUAAGAAGAAGGUCCCCAUUGAAGUUGUUGAUGCGGAAGUAAGAAGGCUAUAUUCUGAGUUUUUCAAUGAGGUCCAUGUCUUCUCAUGAAUGAAGGCGAUAUGGAUGCUUCUCCACUGACAAGGACAUGCUACAAAAUUGGACUACAUGAGGGUAGGGUAGGGUAGGGCAGGGCAGAUUUGGAUUUGCAGUUGUGUGCCUCUUUCUCUUUGGUGAAGACUCGAGACAAAAGGACAUGCUAGCUAGGGGAAUUUUUUUUUUUUUGCUGAUAUAGUUGAUAUUGCUAUCAUUUGUUUGUUUGUUUGUUUGGUUUUUUUUUUCAAGAGCUAUCUUUUGUUUUUGUAAAGGAUAAUGAAUGUACCUAGUUUAGGAUAUGUAAUUGCCAAAUAAAGUAUAUGGGAUAAUUUUAUGAUA